AUGGAAGGGGAAAGCCCCACGGACCCUCCCGAACCGGAAGAGAGCAUGGAAGGAGCGGGAAAACAUCCCCUGGUGGGUCUCCCAGAGUGCACGGUGGAACAGCCCGAGUGGAGAGUGCCAGGCCAGGAAUUAUGUAAGGUCCAGCAAAAUCCCUGGGAUGCCCAGUGUCAGGCUUUCCUGACAGGUCUGGAGCACCCUCGCAGGGCGUGCGGGAACCCGCUUCUGAUGGACUCCACCCCGUGCGAGAACAUCAAGGCUUUCCUGUCCUCCUUCGAGCAAAUCGCCGAAGCCUGUCGCUGGCCCAGAGAAGAGUGGGUGAGCCGGCUCCUGCCGGCGCUUAGCGGAGAAGUCGUGCGGUUCUUUGGCCACUUGGAAGCCGGAGACAGGGAGAACUACGGGAAAGUGAAGGCCGCCAUCUUGCGAGGGAACACCAUGCGCCUGGAGACGCAGCGCCAGCACUUCAGGCAGCUCCGCUGUCGGGAGGCGGACGACCCGCGGAGGGUUUACAGCCAGCUGCGGGAACUUUGCCACCAGUGGCUGAGACCUGAGAGGCACACCAAGGAGCAGAUCCUGGAGCUGCUGAUCCUGGAGCAGUUCCUGGCCAUCCUGCCUCAUGAGCUACAGAGGUGGGUCAGGGAAGGGGGACCGGAGAACGGCGCCCAAGCUCUCAGCCUGGUGGACGAGUUCCUGAUGAAUCAGCAAAAGGCUGAGGCGUGGAAGUGGCAGGUACCGAUUCAGGAGGUGGCCAGGAGUUCCCUAGAACCGGAGAGGCCUCUGCCAGACACUGCUCAGAGUAUGGCCUACAUGGACGUAAAACCUAAAGAGGACGGAGACAUUGGCUUGCUGGGUAAGGAUUCAGUUGCUAAUGGUUUAUUGGAUGUUACCUGGCAGGAGGUGUGA